CUACACACUUCACGGCCCCCAACCCCAACAAUUGCAGCGCCAGCCCUUAAUUAGCCGCUGCUUUUGUCUACUACCGAUCUUCUCAUCACUCUACUUGUUUUAAUUCUUCAAUUGCCCCAAUCCCUGGGUCCGGGAUUGCCGGGUCCCCUCUCACGUUAACAUGGCACCUCGGAUACAGAGCCAGCGUGUGUCCAAUGCCCUCCUCCCCUAUCUCACAUCCUCCCAAUCCUCCUCCACAUCCUCCAUCUCAUCCACAUACCCUUCAUCACAACUAUUCUCCCGUCAAUUUUCUGCGACGGCGGCUCCACAGACCAGGCUUCGCCGGCAAAUGUUCCAAUGGCUUUCUACCGAGGGCGCCGCGCUGAAGCAUCACAUCCCUGGCGAAACAAACUAUCUGUCAGGCCGGGCUGAUCGUGAUGGGGAUUCUAAUGAGGCCCCACGGCCUUUUCCGGGUAACCGGACUUUCAUAAGUGAGGCCGUCCUCAGCGAGGAGCUCCGGAAUGAAGUUUAUGUUCGGGUUGUUGAGAAGAAGAAGAGCUUGCGUGCUGUCAGUGUCGAGCUUGGUAUCGAUAUGAAGCGCAUUGCGGCUGUUGUGCGGUUAGUGGAGAUGGAGAGGAGACAACGAGCACAGGGUAAACCUCUAGCAUUGCCAUAUGCUCGUGCUGUCCACGAAAUGAUCCCAACCACACCACUCGCCCAGGAUGGCGAGCGCCAAACCUUCCACGAACCUAUCAAUGAUCUCCCCGCCCACCCUUCCACCGGUGCCCAGAUCUUCUACCCCGUGCCCGAGUCACGAUCAUUCACUCGUGUCGAUGCUGGUCGCGUCUUCUCUGGUGCACCAGCAUUGGAAAAGGCCGUCGCCGACAAGAUCUCUCACCCUUCUGAUCUGGUCGACGACAUCAUCCAAAACCCCAACUCGAUCGAGUGGGUUGGUAAGGGCGAGAACGCCCGCCAGGUCCUUCAACCUGCGGAUGUGCGUAUCCCGCACCCGCAAUUGGUCAAGCUGGAGCUUGACCGCAAGGCCUUCCCCAACGAGCGCCGGGCUGUGGCACAGCGUCACGCCGAGCGCGUCGAGAAGCAGGAGGCCGCCGAGCAGCAGCGCCGCGAGCGAGCCCAUGCUCGUCGUGAGAAGAGCAUUCAACACGUCGAGCCGGAGGGUAGCCGAUUCGACUACCGUAUUCAGGACGCCAAGUUCACCAAGGAGACUACUGGUGCGGAUGGCCGUGCUCCCUGGGCUCCUGGUCGCCGGUACGGUGUGCCGGCCGACGAUCGCAAGCGCGGUAAGGUCAAGAUUCCCACUCGUGUGGAGGCUUAAGCUUCGUGCGGGGGAUGAGGUGACUAUAUUUUGGGCUUGAGGUUGAGUGCUGUCUUUCCCUUCGGACGAGGAAGACGAGCAAUUGUACUUGUACUUAUACAUCUGUUUGGCGAUGUUUCUAUUCAACCCUGUAUCUAUACCAUAACAUACCAUGGAUUGUUUUCAUACUUGAC